AUAUUCCUCUGUUGCGGUUCGCGCCCAUUUAUACGCCGCCACCGCCAGUUCCGGCGCAUUCCCACGACGCCCUUCGCGCGAACACGUCCGCUUCUCGUUUACUCCAACUACUCCGCUAUGGCCAAGUUCAUGGUUCUCCUCGUCGCCUGCCUCGCCACGGCGAGCGCGAGCGCGCGCAUGCGCCGUGACGCGCCAGCCGCCAGCUCUCCGCUCGCCGACAUCGAGAAGCACGCCAGCGAGUUCCAGAAGACGUUCAGCGAGCAGCUCAACUCGUUGGCCAACUCCAAGAACACGCAGGAAUUUAACAAAGCUCUCAAAGAAGGCUCUGACUCCGUGCUACAGCAGUUGUCCGCUCUCUCCUCGAGCUUGCAAAACGCACUGACCGACGCCAACGGAAAAGCGAAAGAGGCUCUACAGCAGACACAAGCGCAGCUGCAGCGCACGGCCGACGAGCUGCGCAGGUCGCACCCCGAGGUGGAGCAGCAGGCGGCGGCGCUCAAGGACAAGCUGCAGAGCGCCGUGCAAGCCACCGUUCAGGAGACGCAGAAGCUGGCUAAGGAGGUGGCGUCGAACAUGGAACAGACUAACCAGAAACUGGCCCCCAAGAUCAAGGAGGCGUACGAUGACUUCGUGAAGCAGGCCGAGCAAGUCCAAAAGAAACUGCACGAGGCCGCCACCAAGCAGUGACACGCCUGUGCCGACAAUUUACGACAAUACAGUACAUUUACUACAAUAUACUUUUAGGUAUUCGUGUUAAA